CUGCUUCGUGGUUAAAUUUUUAGUGUCAGAUUUUUUUUUCUGAAGAAAAAAGACCAAAUUUUGUGACAAAAAGUAGAGAAGGAAGUUGAGAGAGAAGGAUUUGCAGUGAAAAUCAUUUUUUACUGUGCACACCUUCGCAGUUUGGUUUGUGUGUGGAGUUAUGGUGGAAAUGAACAAUCCGGAGAACCCUACUUCUGAAGUAGUCGCGUAGGCACUUUUACUGACCAUCGGAAAGGGUGUUAAAAAACUCCCUUAUCCCAACGUACCCCCUUUCACACACACACAAAGGGACAAAGUGUUCCAAUUGUUGUGUGAAAAACCAAAAAAGGAAAACUGUGAAAGUUUUUGGUAGUGAAAAGUUGGAAAAUGAAUGAAAACUUGACAAUACUACUGACAAAUUAUGAGGGUGUCUCGAGGUAGCAAGUUUUGAGAAAUACAAUACAAUAUAGUUUUAACAAGGAGUUAUAUAAUUAAAUAGGAGUCAAGAACAUCCCCCUUGGAGCUCUUUAUUGAUCCUCAUUCGUGGAAACACUAUAUCAAAACUGGGUUAGUAUUUUAUAUAAAUGUGGAAACAUCGGGAGCUUCCACACUAAUCAACUACCUACAUAUAUAUACAUAUAGCCUCAUUUCAUCAAGCCUUUUUCACCUUGAAUGUAUACGGUGCUUAUGCCCUGAAGGAAACGUAAGGAUCUCUCUCUCUCUAUCUCUAAACUAACUACGGAAACAUUGAAAUACGGAAGAGAAUAAUGUGAAAAAAAAAAUCCUGCGAUACCCUCCACCAUUGAUGAUGUGAAAUAAAUCGCUUCCGGCUUCGAAUCAGUUGGAAAGUAGAGACCAAAAGAAAACUAAAAGUGUGACAAUAUAUAGUCAAGCUAGGAUAACCGAAAUAUCCGUAAGAGGAGUGUUGGUGGUGGAUAUUGGUACAAGUUUUAUACGAUACAUGACUCUUUUUGGUGCUUUCGUCCUUUUCCGUGGACCUCCCAUGACAACAGCUUGUGUGAAAAAUUAAAGAGAAAACUGUGCGGGCGCUGUUGCUUCGCUAUAAUAUCCUUUGUCCUCGCCUCGCACAGAAUUUAAUAAAAGUGUGUGUGUGUGUGGGAAAUUUCAAUGAGGGCACUGCUGUGAUAAAAGCACAAGAGUAACUUUCUUGGAGGUUUUUACGAAAUUAGAUGAUAAGUGUAGUGAUUUGCCACGGGGGAGGCGAUCACUUGGUGAGAUAGAGUCCAAGAAGCGAUGGUUCUCAGCACCGAGUGGUCCCAAGUGGAGGUAAUUGAUUUAAUUAACGACGGUCACUCUUCCGGGUUAGGCUUUAUGUUGGUGGGUGGACGCAGUACAGGUGUGGUUAUUAAAGCACUAAUCCCGGGUGGUGCGGCAGAACGCGACGGUCGUCUUCAGUGUGGGGAUCACGUUCUGCAAAUUGGCGACGUCAACCUCCGUGGCUUUAGUUCGGAGCAAGUUGCAACGGUGCUACGGCAAACUGGGCCACAGGUACGUCUCAUUGUGGCACGUCCUGUGGAACCAUCAUCCCCGGACUACCAAUCACUCGCCACAAACGCACCAAUCAUUCCCACGAAGCUGCUCUCAGACCCCGAGGAGCUCGAAAGGCAGCUUCUCCAGACAGCCGGUUACACGCAAGCGGCCCUUCUCGCUGCCGCUGCCGCCUCCCCCACGGCUACAGCUCUCGUGGAGGGACUCGAGGCCACGGUUGAGGUAAUCGCCGUGGUCCCAGAGACGGCUAGCAGCGGUGGUGAGAGUGUCCGUAAGUCCAGCUACGUUUCACCGUCGACCGCCACUGCGCCACCGCUGCAUCUUCCCUCACCGCCACCGCUACCCGAUUCCUCACCACCCGCCCUUAUCACAGACUACCUUGAUCUACCCGAAACGGAGACGUACCAGGUGGAGCUGCGGAAGAAUGUGUAUGGUCUCGGGAUAACGGUGGCGGGCUACGUUUGCGAAGAAGAGGAUCUUUCUGGGAUCUUCGUGAAGAGUAUAAUUGAGGGAAGUGCCGCUGAGAUGAGUGGUAAGAUCCAAAUAAAUGAUCGCAUUGUGGCUGUCGAUGGGAAAUCCCUCAGUGGUGUUACGAAUCAUCAGGCUGUUGAAAUUCUACGAAAUACCGAUAUUGCUGUCAAUUUAACACUCGAGCGCUUCCUCCGUGGUCGCAAGUACGAGCACCUGCAGCUGGCACUCACGGAGCCACAGCCACCAACACCACCCUCAAAUCCACCCCCAUCGAAUCCCACAUCACCAUCAAUCACCGUUCUACCGUGGAUGCCACCAACGGAUGAUGCAGGUGGGGAUGUGGACAGUAUCAUCAGCAUCGAUCGAGAUCCAAAUGUCAUUGAGCCCGAAUUGGAAUCCAACACGACGGUUGAUUCGAAUAUUUUUGGCAUUGAGAAUGGACGAGCAUCAGAUGAUUCCGAAGCUACCCCCACACCUACACCUAGCUGCGAUUCCGCCACAAAACGAUGGAGUAAUGAACUUCCCGACCUUAAAAUUGUCGUGGCACAUAUCAAUAAGCUCUCAGGCCUGGGGAUCAGCCUUGAGGGUACAGUGGAAGUUGAAGGUGGUGUUGAGAUGCGACCGCAUCACUACAUAAGAUCUAUCCUGGAGGAAGGACCCGUUGGCCGUGAUGGGACGCUCAAACCAGGAGAUGAACUACUUCAAGUCAACGAACAUCGACUCCAGGGAUUAAAGCAUACGGAUGUUGUGAAAGUUUUGAAGGAGCUUCCGUCUACGGUAAAGCUAGUUUGUGCUCGCAGCCACAAACCACCGUCUGUGAUUAACACAUCUCAGAGCCCAGAAGCUUUUGAGGCGCGCAGUAUUCUCGCCGGGGGCUUGCAGAGUCUGCAGAAUCUUCUCACAAAAGCCCAAUCUGAGAGUUCCCUGUACACAUCCAGUACGGCAACACUUACGGAUCAGCAGCGGUCCAAAAGUGUGGAACAAGUGUCGGGAUUAGCUCUGUGGAGUACCGAAGUGCUAUACAUUGACAUUGAGAAGACGGAGCGUGGCUUCGGGUUCUCCAUUCUUGACUAUCAGGAUCCCCUUGAUCCCGAUGGAACUGUGAUUGUGGUACGUGGCCUGAUACCUGGCGGUUCAGCCGAGGUGACAAACCUCAUCUUCCCGGGCGAUCGUCUCGUCUCCGUCGCGGAUCACCAACUCCACGGUCGAACACUGGACGAAGCGGUGAGUAUCCUCAAGGGUAUGCCCACCGGCAUCAUUCGCAUCGGACUGUGUCGUCCACUCUCCACCUCCGACAACAAUGUUUCCUCCGCGGCGGAGACACCGACCACAUAGCUAGACAUAAUAGAAAUAUUUUUCGAACUAGACAUUUGAGAUUUGAUUAAGAUUCUAAUUACUAAUGCAAUUAAUCAGCGAUGCUUAUUACAUUCAUUUUCACCCUAUAUAUUCACCACCAACAAAUUACAAAUUUAAUAUUUAAACUGCGUAAGUUCAUUCACAAGCUGCUUCCUUGUGCGAUACAAAAGCAUAGCGCAAGAUAUGGGGAAUGGGGAAGAUGGUGCUGCAAAAUUGAGCGCGUUCUUGCUGAAGGAUUUAGGUGAGACUUGAGGUAAAAGCUGGCUCGCAUUAAAGGUACAUUUAUAUAGGCAGGCACACACAGCCCUCCUCUUAGAGAGCGGUCCCAUUGCUUUAAAAACACCCGCCACAAUCUCCUUUGAACUUUCUGGGCGAAUGAAGAGACAAACAAGGGGAUGAUAACUAGACAAUUCACCGAGACACGCAAUUUAGAAUUUUCUUCCUCAAAAUCAUCCCAAGCAGUAUGCUCGCACAAGAACGUGCAAAAUGGCACCAGAUUUCACGUCAUCAACACUUUGUAUAUUUACAUACAUAAUAGCAACAUUUAAAAGAUUAUAUUCUUACCAGAAGUCAGAUUCUUAUCCUUCUUGUGCGCGGAAGAAAAUUCUCUGUGAGACUUUCUUUUUAUGUCUCUUUAAAAUGUUAUUUUCUCUCCGAUAUAAUUUUGUAGGAGAUGCCCUUCUGUUCUAUUGACCAUUUAAAUUUAUAAUAUUCUGAUGAAAUUGGUUUUAGAAUGGAUUCCAGAAGAUACUUAAAUAGGGAAUAUUCUGAUAGUAAUCUUUUCUUUGCUUUUAUAAUAACUUAAAAGUUAUUGUAAGAUUUUGACAGAUGUUGUUUUUAAAUUGCUCUAUUGUCAUUCUAUAGAAAAAAAUUAAAGAAUUUGUUGUUCCAGAAAUCAGUCAAAAAAAAAAACUUUAAAGAGUUCUGGAAAAGUAAUUUUCCUUCCAAACCGAUUAAAGAAAGAAAAAAAAAUGCCAAAAUCUUUAAAGAUUUUUCCCAGAAUACUAUUUUUUUUUAUAACUGACGAUUUACAAGAAAAAGAAAA